AUCGGGGGAGCUGGGGAAGGAACCCGGAAGUGGGGAGGAAGAGGCGUGUUGUUCUCGCCGCCAGGACUCGGGAGUAGGGCGGCCGCAGCAGCGCGGGCGGGAUGGAGAAGAACGGGCCGGUCGUUCUCACAGAAUUCCCUGAACUGAAGAAUGAUACCUUCCUCCGAGCAGCACAUGGAGAAGAGACAGAAUACAUCCCUGUUUGGUGCAUGAGGCAAGCAGGAAGGUACCUCCCAGAGUUCCGAGAGACGCGAGCAGCUCAGGAUUUCUUUGCUACCUGUCGAUCACCAGAGAAGUGUUGUGAACUUACUCUGCAGCCUCUACGGCGCUUUCCUCUCGAUGCUGCCAUCAUCUUCUCGGACAUCUUGGUGGUGCCCCAGGCGCUAGGCAUGGAGGUGGUGAUGGUGCCUGGCAAGGGACCCACCUUCCCUGAGCCACUGAAGGAAGUCGAGGACCUGCUGAAACUCCGCCAGAAAGUGGAUGUGGCAGCAGAGCUUGGCUACGUCUUCCAGGCCAUCACGUUGACCCGGCACAAAUUGGAAGGGAAGGUGCCCUUGAUCGGCUUCUCUGGCGCCCCGUGGACACUGAUGUCCUAUAUGAUCGAAGGUGGCGGCUCCAACACAAUGGCCAAAGCCAAGGCCUGGCUCUACCGGCACCCUGAGGCCAGUCACCGUCUACUCACGUUAUUGACUGAUGUAAUUGUGGAUUACCUGGUGGGGCAGGUGGCUGCAGGCGCUCAGGCUCUACAGCUUUUUGAGUCCCACGCAGGACACCUGGGGCCAGAGCAGUUUGCAGAGUUUGCCCUCCCCGCCAUCCGUUGCAUUGCCAAGCGAGUGAAGAGCAAGCUACGGGAAGAUGACCUGCCUCUGGUGCCCAUGAUCAUCUUUGCCAAGGAUGCACAUUAUGCCCUAGAGGAUUUGGCACAAUGUGGCUACGAGGUGAUUGGCCUGGACUGGACCAUCUCCCCCCAGGCUGCUCGUCAGAGGAUCGGGAAAGACAUUACCUUACAAGGGAAUUUGGAUCCAUGUGCCCUCUAUGCACCAAAGGAGAAGAUUGGGGAGCUGGUGAAGAAGAUGGUGGAAGGCUUUGGCUCCAAGCACUACAUUGCCAACCUGGGUCAUGGCCUGUAUCCUGACAUGAGCCCGGAGCACGUGGGGGCCUUUGUGGAUGCUGUACAUAGGCACUCUCGCCAUCUCAAGAAAUGUUCCUGAAGACUUGGGGAGCCACAUGGAAAAUGGACAAAGCAUCAAAGAGACUGCAGCAAGAGAGGAUCAUGUUUGCGAGUGCUGGAGAGCCAGUCACUAGGACUGAGAGAAAGAACAAGGAUGUGGGUUUGUAAUAGCGCACUAUUAAAAUGCUUUCCACAUUU